UCAAAUGAUUUUUUUUUCCAGGAGCCCAAUAACUUAAAAAGUAGGAAUUCUUUCCGUUACAAUGGCCUGAUUCAUUCUAAGACAGUUGGUGUUGAACAAACUAAAGAUGGAAAGGGUGUUGUGUUGGUAACCCGAAAAGGAAAAGGUGAUUACCUAAAGAUAACUUUCUUUUAAUCAAAUAUAUUUUAUCAAACUUAACCAUGUAUGAAACAGCGUCUAAACUUUACCCAAAUUUGGUGUAUUCAGUGUUUAUUCAUUCCAGAAAUUAAUUCAGACAUAAAAUUGAAAAAUGUAUUUUAUUUUUUUUUCUUCAAAAUUUAAUUUUACUGUAACUGGAAAAUAUCACAGAACCAGGAAACCUAUGUGACACUAAAGUGAUUAUCAAUGGCAAAGCAAAUUACAAGGUAUUCUUCAAGCUUAAUGUCAAACUAAAUGAAAUUCUGGAGAGUUGUAAUUAAAUUAGAACUGAAUCAGUUCGCUUUAAAUAAUGUAGUAACAGAAACUUAGAAACAUCACACUUUUGAUUGUUGUUGAUGAAUCAGGCUCAGUGAUUAUCAGUUUCUUGGGUUAUUGGACACAAACACCAUAAUCCUUUCCCAUUACCUUUCUGGGGAAAAGGGUGGGUGUUUUAAGUCCUGGGUGUAAUAAUUUGAUAAAUCUUUCGAGAGACCAUGAGGUGGAACACUACUUAAAACCCUGGUCUUUGCAUUCAUUGAUACAUAUACUUUUAGUCUCUCUGUUAUUAGGUAGUCUAAACUGAUAUUAACUAUACAUAGCAGACAUUUGUGGCUUCGUGGUGAGUUUCACCUUGUAUAACUUUUUAACUAAGAUAUACAAUAAUCAUUUUAUGUCAAUUUUUAAAUACCGGUAAGCAAAAAGUUGUGCAAUUUUUAAAUUUGGUGAAAAUCGACCAAAAAUUAUUCUGGAAAAGGUCCUUUUUCAAGGCCCUAUACUAUAUGGUCUAAAAUAAUCAACAGAGAAGUCCAGCAAUUGGUGUAUUUUCUCCAAAGUUUAUAUUAUUUAAACCCAAGCAUGCAACUAAAAUGAUCAAUAUUUACUUUUCAAAAAGGUUUACAGAAACCAAAUAAGUCCCUGACAAAAGUUGAGCUGAAGAGAGGUCCAAGAAAAACCAUCGCUGUCAUUCGUAACUCACUGAAGGCUAAUAACUACCGCAGGGACUUGGUCAACUCUGCUGUUAGGACAUGUGCUAUUCUUAAAAGCCAGAAGCCUGUUGUUAUUAAAAGCAGGACUCGCUCAGCAAAGAAAAAAUAAACUUAU